AUGGAUCAGAUUGAAAUGCUCACUACUGAUCGACACAUUACUUCGGUAGAACGUGGCGUUGCUGACUUCCCAAUGCAUAACAACUCUGAACUAUUUUCGAACGCACAGUCUACAUCCGAUUCCUAUGAUGAAACAAAAGACAAGGAUCAACUCAGCAUUUCGAACACUUCGUUGGAGCUAAAACGUUCCAUUUUUGGAAUACCGAGAGGCAUUCUUCUUAUCUUCUUAUCUUCUACAUCUAUUUGUAUCAUGAUGGCUAUUGGAAUUAUCAUCGUUUGCUUAAACGCACCAAAACCGAAAGUAUCGACAUGCGGAUUAAAUUUCGUGCGAACGGGAACAAAUCCCAUUGAAUAUAAUUAUGGACCAGUAUCCGUUGCCAUCGGUGACUUUAAUCUGGAUACUUGGAUCGAUAUGGUCAUUGUCAAUUCGAUUGUUAGUCGAAUUGGAGUUCAUUUUGGAAAUUCGAAUGGAACUUUUGUCAAAGAAUACGAGUAUUCAACUGGCAUCAACUCCCAUCCGAUAAUGGCUGCAGUCGAUAAUCUCAAUAAUGACUCAUAUUUAGAUAUUGCAGUCGCAAAUUAUAACAGUCAUACUAUUGGAAUCUUCUAUGGAUUCGGGAAUGGAUCGUUUCAAGAUCAAAUCGAAAUAUCAACAGGAAUCUCACGACCACUAUCACUUCAUCUAGCUACGUUUUCAGUGGACACGAAUCCAUUCACAUUAGCAGUUGGGCACUUAGAUGAUGACGGCCGAUUAGACAUUGUUGCAGGUACUAUAGGCCAUCGUACAGUGACGAUUCGGCUAGGAAACGGCGAUGGAUCUUUCCGAAAGAAAAUCAUAUAUUCAGUGGGUAGUCUUCCAGAAUCAGUAGUAAUUGGUGAUUAUAAUAAUGAUGGGUACUCAGAUAUAGUUGUUGCCAAUGUUGGUAGCAAUUAUCUUAGUGUUCUCUUGGGAUAUGGUGAUGGACGAUUCGCACCUCAAAUCACACAUCAAACUGGUUCUGGUCCGCGGUUUAUCGUUUCUAGUGAUCUAAAUGGUGAUGCUAAACUUGAUAUUAUCGUCGCGAACGGAGGUGAUAACACCGCUACUGUCUGGUUUGGCUGUUCAAACCUUAUUUUUGGAAAGCAAACCACUCUAUCGAUUGACUACAGUUCUAAAUCACCAUCGUUUACCAUUAAUGAUUUUAACCAUGAUAACUACACAGACAUUAUUGCUGCUAAUCCAUACAACAGCACUAUCAGUGUUUUUUUUGGCUACGGUAAUUUUUCAUUUACAAAUCGAACCGUCUAUUCAACAGGUCCAGCAUCAUCUCCAUAUUCUAUAGCAAGUGGCGAUUUUAAUCAUGACAAUCACUUAGAUCUAGCCGUCGCUGAUUUUCUCUCUGAUACUAUCGAGAUAUUUUCGGGCAAUGGAAACGGUUCAUUCUCUCCCAAUCAAACAACCUAUUCAACCGGUUCAUCCUCGUCUCCCUCUUCGUUAGCCCUUGAUUACUUUAACAAUGAUACGAAUCUUGAUAUCAUUGUUGUUAAUUAUAACAACAAUAGAUUUGGAGUAUUUCUUGGUCGAGGCGAUGGAACAUUUGACAACAUGCUCUCCUACUCGAUGCCUUAUGGAUCGAAUCCAUUUGCCGUUGUAACUGGCGAUUUUAGUAAAGAUGGAAAAGUGGAUUUUGCUGUAGCAAAUCAAGCUAGUGACAGUUUGAGCAUUUAUGUUCAGACAUGUUAG